AUGCCUUUCUACGCUUAUUUCUCUCAGGUCAGCACCGACGUCACUUGGCGCAUGGUCAUGAUCUUUUGCGACGCCGCCACGGCUGACGAAUGGUGGCGCGCCGUCUCGGGAGCAAAGUUAGCAGGAGCAAAUGCCAACCUGCUCGCCGACAUCAAACGCGUCAACCCCCAGUUCUAUAACCACAACGUUGCGGUUUUCAACAUCCUCAACUUCUUCAGCGAUGCACGCCUCAACGAGAUUGCACAGCCCUUCCGCGGCCGAGCGUUCGUUAUGACUGAGAACGAAAGCACUGCACGAGGAAUAGACAUCAUCCCCGACCAGGGUGCAACUGACCUCAUUAGCGGAGACUGGUUCUACGUCCGCUCCAAGGUUGACCCCUCCACGUACUGGUUCUACGACCCUAGCAGAGGCAGAGUGGUCGCGUCCCACACCAGGCGUACCAUGUUCCGCGUGGUCACAAAGAAUGUGCCAGAGAAAACGGUUAUGAUUCGCUCCGACGCUGUGACUUUGUGGGCGUGGGGACAAGAUAAGCCUAUUCAGAUCGACAGCCAGGGAAACCUCACUGGAGGAGGCAAUGGCGAUUGGACCUUCGAGUUCGAAGACUUGGGUACUGGCCGCUUCGUCGAUACCGACGGCGGUGUAGUAUAUGGCAACAUUGCCGACAACGCGCCGAAGAAGCCAGGAUGGGAGCUAGUCAAUUAA